AUGCUACGUAUUUCUGCACCUUGUGUGCCGCUGUUGCGCCAUGUGCGCGCCAUCACGAAUGUGGCGCAGCGUACACCCAUUGCUGUUGCAUUUGACAUUGAUGGUGUGCUAAAGCAGGGGUCUAAUGUCUUACCCGAGGCGCUGCGUGCCGUAAAAAUGCUGCAAGGCGAUAAUCCCUGGCACCAAAAGGUGCCGUACCUGUUUAUCACCAACAGCGGUGGCAAGCUGGAAGCUGCACGCGCAAAAGAUUUAUCGGAAGACUUUCGUACCACGGUAGUACCUCAGCAAGUCGUGCAAGCACACACCGGCAUGCGCUCGCUCGCGGAGCAGUAUGCGGACAAGCCUAUUUUGAUGAUUGGUGGUCCGGAUAUGCCACCCGGUGCGACACGGAACGUGCUCGAGAGCUACGGAUUUCGUCAUGUAUACACGGCGCAUGAUUUGCACUCCUAUGCUCCCGCUUCGUGGCCUUAUUCCGUGUCAUUGCCUGAGCAGGACGCCGUGCUGAAGCGUGUCGACUUUGCGAACAUUCACUUUGCUGCUAUCCUGGUGCUGCACGAUAGUCGCGAGUGGGGUCGGGAUAUCCAGUAUUGUGUGGAUCUAUUGCGUUCUGAUGGCGGUGUAUUUGGCACUGCGCUCGCCAAUGACCAGCUCCGUGCACGCCCCGCGAUGCCAAUCUACUUUUCUCACGCAGACCUCAUGUGGGGCAACGAAUUUUCAGUGCCGCGCCUUGGGCAAGGCGCAUUUCGCAUUGCGCUUGAGGCGGUGUAUGCACGCGUCACUGAAGGAAACGAGUUUAGAGCGUACACGUACGGAAAGCCCGAGGUGUCUUCGUACGAGUACGCCAACAAUCUUUUGCAAGAAAUGCUACGCGGGGAGUCUGACCAUGCCGGCGCGAACAAUUUUGGCUGGUCCUCUGUUCUUGUCCGUACGGGCGUAUACCGCGACGUAGACGGUCCGCCAUCGUCACCGCCAACGCUAAUCGUGGACAAUGUUGCAGAGGCAAUCAAAAGUAUUAUGAAGCGUACCUGGUCAUAA